GUACCUUACUGUACCUAACCUUACACCACAGCGACAAAGACCACCUUCUUUGAGAACACCCAACCCUCGACAGGAUACUCGGUCUUGAAUGCUGCCUCGAGGACCACAUAGCUACCGACAUGCCAUAGGAUGGACUCCCCUCGCAGUCGGGACUCGAGCGAGCCGGCCAUCGACCCUGCUCAUCCUUUCAAGGGCGUUGUCGUGUGCUGCACAAGCAUCCCGCCAGACCAGCGAACACAAGUAGCAACAAAGACUGAAGAACUCGGGGGCAUCCACAAGUACGAUCUAACACCCGACGUAACACAUCUUGUCGUAGGAGACUACGACACACCCAAAUACCGACAUGUCGCCAAAGAAAGAACCGAUAUCAAGGUCAUGGAUGCCAAAUGGAUCGAUGCAGUGGGAGAUCUAUGGAUGAAGGAUGCCGAUAUUGACUUUGCCGCCCUCGAACGAGAGUGGCAACUCAAGCCGCUGGAGACGUGCGGCCAUGUGGUCGAUGCAUCCGAUUCUACUGAAGCUAAGCGCGGGAGUCUGUUGCUUUGUAUGACUGGCUUCGACGAUCCCGAUCAACGCAACAGCAUCAUCGAGAAAAUCACUUCCAACGGCGGCGCAUAUACGGGCGACCUAACAAAACGAGUCUCGCACUUAAUAGUCCGAAAACCCGAAGGAAAGAAGUACAAGGCCGCCAGAGCAUGGAAUAUCCGCACGGUAUCGCUGGCCUGGCUCGAACAGAGCAUCGAGCGUGGCCUGAUCCUCGACGAGCAGUGUUUCGAUCCCGUCCUGCCGGCCGAGGAGCAAGGCCAGGGCGCCUGGAACAGAGUAACACCGAGGAAGGCGUCUGCAGGGAAAAGAUCGAGAUCAGGCGCUGGCGAGAUUGGCCAGAGAAAGCUCAGGAAAACGGCCAGCAUGAAGCUCGGUAGCCAGCGAGACAUGCUUUGGGGAGAUAUCCUCGGUAACAAGCCUUCCGGCGAGUCCGCCAGGCCUGGUGAUACGGCGGACAGGAUUGAAGUUCAAGACUCUGGCAUCCACGAUCGAAUGGUCCAGCCUGCCCCCGACGCAGGCAUAUUCUCUGCAUGCUCUUUCUUCAUGUCUGGGUUUGAGCCAUGGAAAUCCAAAAUUCUUGCAGACACCAUUGUUUCCCUAGGGGGACAAGUUUGCGACUCCUUCCAAGAACUUUCCACCAAAGGCUAUGAGGCGAGGUCGACUCGCCGGCUUCUUAUUGUCCCACAAGAAUCCCAGCCUUCAACACACCUUCGGGUCCCGCCUGAGCACAUCGACAAGAUCCAAAUAGUGACCGAGUUCUUCAUCGAGCGAUGCCUGCAUAACAAAGCUUUUCGCGAUCCAGACAACCAUAUUCUAGGUCGCCCGCUACCAGUAUUCCCAAUUCACGGCUUCAAGGAUAUCUCCAUCUGCACGGCGGGGUUUAGUGGAAUCGAUCUGCUGCACGUGGAAAAGGCAAUCACACAGAUUGGUGCUCGAUUCGCGUCAAGGCUUAACGACACAACCUCGGUGCUGGUGUGUAGGGCGCUCGCGGAAACGAGGAAGGAGAAGCUGAAAUUGGCCCUCGACAAUAACAUCCCAGUUGUCAGCUCGGAGUGGCUUUGGGAGUGCAUGACAACAGGUUUCAACGUGCCAAUCAAGGAGUUCAUGUUCCCUGAACUGGGUCAGCCUUCUAGUCUCCAGCCCAAGCCAAAGCCCAAGGAGACAACUAGGGAGGAUAUGAAGCAGGCUUUCCAAAGGACAAGGUCUGAGCCCGUGCCUCAAGCUUCGAGAAAGCCAGCAGCAAGGCACUCUACAGUCGCGGGUGGAAUCGACACAACAGCCUUCCUGGACGAUGAGGGUCGGCAGAAACCUAGUACGGUAACUGCGAAGGUCACAGCCGUGAGAGAGACUUCCGCAGCAGCCUUUGCACAUCGCGAGACAACAAUUGCAAAGGCUGAGUCGACCGCCUCUCUCCAGUUCCAGACAGCCAAGACGCACCAGGCAGACAGUUUUGGUGCUGGGACAGUGAUACCGCCAUUGACAGACGCAUCACCCAGCGACUUGAACGCGGAGCAGCCAGUGAAGCAACCUGUGGGACUGAUCAGAACCACGAGCGUGGCCGACAGCCUGGACGCGACCCCUAUUUCUUUAGCCGAAGUGCAAGCUCCCGUCGAGGCCGAGGCUGGCACCGAUGCAGCCAGCGAGGAAAAACAAGUCAAGACGAAACCAAUAGAUUAUGAAGAAGAGGAAGCGGAAGCGGAGCGCAAACGUCAGCGGGACGCAAUGAAGGACGCGGAGAAGGAAGACCUAACUUCCAAGCUCGCAUCUCUGAUCGAAUCGAAACCCAGCGGCGAGAAUGCUCCCGAUGUGGAAGGCUCAGGCCCGCUGCAGCAACCGACACGACGUGCCAAACGAAUAUUUGGGCGUGCUAUCAGCAACGCGUCGGCAGCAUCUAGCGGAAGCGCCGAGUCGCGCAUGGACUCGAUGGGCCGGACCGCGGAGGAGAAGCCCCGGCAGGAGAAGGAGCAGGAACCACCAUCGACGCAAAUACAAUACCAGGACCCCGGCGCCCAGCAGCAUCGGGCCAAGAUGAUGAGCAAAAUUGCCAGCGUCGGCGGCGAGGGUGCCGGUAAAGCCGUGGCUCCGUCUCCUCCCGUCGUCAGUCAGCCUGCCAGGAAGAAGAUUUCCACCAUUGGAGGAUUUGACUUUAGUGACGAGGCAAGGCCCAAUACCAGGCAACUCAGACGCAAGUAGAAAGAAAAUGUGCCGGGUUACUUCAACAUCGGUAUUUGUUUGAAACAAUCAAGUUACUUUGCGCGGAUUUCGUUUGGAUUAUAUCAUCAUGAGAGGACAAGGGGGA